AUUACGUCUAUCACUGUCAAGAGUGCCUUCUCUCUUUUGCCCUUUGUUUUUAUUCAUUAUUUAGAAAACUAGGUCUACAUUUUCUCAUUUCUUAUUGUUUUGUUCAAAUUGAAUUCAAUUAGCCAGCCAAAUUCAGGAGGUAUGUUGAAUAUACGGUAAUGAAAUAAGGACUUUUAAGGAAUCAUGGCCAAGUUACGGGUUUUAUUUGGAACGUCCGUCCUGGUCAUUGUUUGGUUCAGUUGCGCUGUCAUUGGUGAUUGCACUAACAACGAUGGAUCAACAUGUACAGGAUCGGCAUGCUGUUACGAUGAUAUACCCAAGGCACUCGGCGAAGGAGGUGGAAUAAGCUUGAUACAAGACUGUUAUCCAAGUGGAAUGACAGUAAACUAUACAUGCCCAGGGAAUCUAAGAGGUCCCCCAAACCAAAUUUGCAACAACGGGGUGUGGAGUUACCCAUUUGCCCCAACUUGCGAAGCUAUUACCUCAUGCGCCCAACCAACGGUACCAACUGACGGCAGUCUCAUUCCGACUCAGUCUCAAUAUGACCUCUAUACGCGAAUCAACUACGCCUGCGACGACGGGUACUCAUUGGAAGGCCCAGAUGAGGCCGUUUGUGAAUCAAGCGGGACCUGGAAUCCAUCCACUACGCCCUCAUGUAAAGAUUCAUCUCCAUCCGCAACUGAAUCAAACCCUUCGACUCCAAGCAAAUCGUCUACCUCGGUUACAUUUUCAACUGAUCCAAACCCUUCGACUCCAAGCAGUGUGAUGACAUCAGAAUCUUUUUCAAGGAUUACGGAAUCCCCUUCCCCAAACUUUUUACCAUAUAUUGGCAUCGCUUUUGCUGUCAUUGUUUCGCUAAUUGUCGCUCUAUUUGGGUAUAUAUUCAGGCUACACAUCAAGAAUAAUAAGUUGAAGAAAGCUAAUAAUACGAUGGAGAUGGCCGGCAAUUCUGAUAAUUCUUCAAAUCUAGAAGCGGGAAAUCCCGAUGGUAUCCACCACGAAUAUCACGAUCCCAGCACGCGAGAGAGGACAGCAGUAACAGUGUCAAGUCAUCAGUACGAAGAAAUUAUACUUCAUUCAACACCGACUCCAGAAUCUAAUCGACGUGAUCAAAGCUACGACAACGUGCCUAAUAAUCACCAAUCGUCGAAGUAUGUGAAUGUCACGAUUGCCAAUUUUCCUGGGAACGCUGGUAUUUCCAGGUGGGCCCGGAAAGUGAUGGGGAAAUCCAAGUAAAUGAAUCUCAGAAAAAUACAUGACAAAUUAUCUGUAUCACCAUGAACCUAGUAGUAGGUCCAUGGUAUCUGUGACCACGGCCGUAAUUAUUGAUGGCGACUGAUUUAUAGAUAUUAGAUACAGCAUUAAAAAUUCAGUGAUACCCCUUUCUUUUCUCUUUAAGUUUUGUUACCAAUAAAAACACACAUUGACGAAAUGUUAUUUAGCUUGAUCACGUUUGAUGCACUAGGCAAGCAAAGCCAUAAAAUAGGCUACUUUAAACGGAAGAGUGAAAGAGAAGAAGCGUAGAAGCGGAGGCAGGGGCCUGGGAAAGAUUUUUGAAGAGGCGUGUUUUCCUUCAGCAAGAAAUUAUCCCACAUUGUGCUGCACUCAACCCAGGUGAGGUGAUAAUGGGUACCCGACAGGAUUAAUUUAUUGAAUGGUUGAAAGGCAGCUCGAGCUAACAAUGCGCGCUCAGAAUAGAUCAUUUCUAAAUAAAUGGCGCUAUAUACAUGCAUAUUACAUACAAUUAUUAGUAGUAGUAGAAUUACACCAACCUGAUUUCCAAGAGGUGUUGCAUAUGGUAUAUAUAACAUAUGCAACACCCCCUUGACAAAUCUUAAUGGUGUGCUUCACCCCCAGAAAUCCACCCCCCCCCCCCCGGACCUUCUUCACAGGGCAAUGAGGAUGGGGACAACUCCAUAGUGCCACUGAUGCGGCCUUUUGUUGAAAAUGCAUGUCAGUGUUUUUUUUAAUUCUUGUCAUCUUGUUUAUGUAUGUACCCAUGUAAUUUGUAAACACAUACCUUUCAGCCCUUGGCCUCAGUAUAUGUAACAUUAUUGUAUACAUGUAAGUUUUUGAAAUGUAUAAACCUUGAAUACAAUCUGAACAACUUUUGAAAAUUCUACACAGGACUUGGUGCAUUACCCAUCAAAUAUGCACAUUACCUUUUUACCCGAUUUCGGGUCGAAUUUGUUUUCAGAGUGAAUACAUAUUUGAAAGAUGUAAAAUUUAUUGGGUGCCUUGGACUGGCAGAGUAGAUGUUUUGCAUUGAGCUUGCAAAUAUUUCAAUAAUCGUAGACAAGUGCAAUUUUCAUAAAUGAAAUGUGAUGCAAUGCAUGUAUGACAAAAGAAGAGCCAAUGUCAUACUCAUUAUUUUGCAACAUACAUUAAAACUUUUAUCAUGGAAAAUAUUGCAAAGUUCAAAUGAAAUUAAAUCUAUGUAAGAAUAGCGACAUAAGCAUUGUGAAGUAAUAACAGUGAACCAUUGCGCUGUAUAUAGUCUGGUUUUCUCUCACCUUUCCUUUAGAGGCUCCAAGCUUAAAAUGGCGGUCUCCAACAUUUCAAUUAACGAUAUUAUAUGUAUUGUUUCAGACAUGUUUCAACAUUUUUUUAAGAUGAAAUUUUCCAUGUAUAAUUUAUAUCUUGCUUAGAACAGUACAACUAUUUUAUUACAUUUUCAUUACGUUUAUUGUUAUUAAAUGCUAAAAACUGAUUAUACUAGUACUUUGCGAAUGAAAUGUGGAAAUCAAAUCAAAUCAAACUACAUGUACUGCAUCGAGUAUUAUUCAUUCUGCAUAGACUGAGGAAUGCAACACAGAAAAAUAUUAUGUUAAUAAUGAACUUGAUUAUUAUCAUGUUCGUUUUAUAUCAACAAUUAAGGUCAGUGAGCUUCUUACAAUGAUAUAUUAUUUUGCAUGUUCCCAAAUGUUUUGGUUACUAUUUGAAUAAUAUGAUUAAAUAAUCCCUUCUGCCCAGUUUUCUCCUCCCUAUAUCUCCUGCUGCCAUUAUUUCUCCUUCUCUAUUACACCCCCCCCCCUCACAAUUAUGGACAAUAUCAUUAAUCAAUUAACUUAAAUUUUGUUUAAAAUUUUCUUAAGAUGUAUUUUCAACUAUUCAUAUCUUGAAUCGGACAAACUGAAAGGAAACUGCUACCAUCUGUAUUGCAUUGUGGCUUUGUAUAUUUAUUCCAUAUAUCCAUGAUAUAUCAAUAAUAUAACGAUUCAAGGUAGUGUAUUUUAAAGCUCUAUAAAAUAAAUGGAUUAAGAACAUUC